AUGAACCGCCUCACAACCGUCCUCUACCCCUCAAUUCCUGGCUCGGCUGGGUCUGAGGGGUCACCGGCCAACCCCACUCCUCAGGAUUCGGUAACGGGCCAAGCAUCGCCCGUUGAGCGACGCUUGUCUUUGAGUGUGAAUGUGGGCGCACGGUCAAUCUAUGACGAUCCUCGCGCGACACGCUUCCUCUCGCCCCCACCAACCCUUGAUCGUUCGCACUCUGAUGACGACCGAGGGACAUUGCACACCCAACGUCAGCGCCGUCCCACCGAGUUUGAUAUCGAUUUCCCCUCUUCCUCUAGGCCCCACAGCCUUAAACGCUCCGACAACUCUACGCCCACCGCGCCGCUUAGCAACGGACCAGACCGCUCCCUCCGCGUCAACCUCAUGGCCGCCUGUGUCCAGCCUCCUCGCCGCAACCGCAACUCGGCAGCGCCUGCCGCCACCGGUCGGCUGAAUGCCAUGGCAAAGGGCCCCAAAGGGCAGUAUGUCGUUGGCGGCAGCCAAUACCUGCGCGUGCUCGAGAUCACGAAUCCAUCUCAAGAUGACGAGGGGUUGCCCAAGUCGCGGACGCCGUUCGCUCGUGGACCGGGCGGCGUGGGUAUCUCGGAAGUCGUCAACUUCUGGCGCCCAUCGUGGAGUCCCAACAAAGGCGUCAACGACGUCGAUUGGGGAUGUGGGAACUUUGAGAACAAGAUCGUGACGGCCACACCGAGCGUGCACUGGAUGAUCUUCGAUUUGGAGCGCGGCAAGCUGGACCGCGAGGUCGGGGGUGGCCACACCCGCUCCGUCAACGUCAUCCGCGCCUCCAAGAUGCCCGCGUUUGCGCACAUGGUGCUGACUGGUGGACAAGAGGGGCAGGUUAGACUUUGGGACUUACGUGCUGCUGAGCCAGCAAAUAGAAAAUAUUACAAGCAUAACGCGUCCAUCACAGCGCUCUCACUCUGUCUUGAUGAUCCCCAUCAAUUCGUCGUUGGCACCGACACGGGUGGGCUGUACCGCUACGACUCGCGUGUGCCAGGAAAGGCAAUCGGCAAGCUGUGGGGUGCUCACGGGUCCAAAGCUGUCAUGGACCUCAAGUGGAAGGAGAGCGAAGAGUUCUCCCUGCCAGGCCAGGGCUGGCUUGCAAGCGCAGGUAGCGAUAGGACUGUGCAGAUCUGGGACAUGUCUCAGUCAUGGGACAAGGGUGCGACGGCCACGCACAUUCUCCACACGACCUAUGCGGUCCGGGGUGUUGACUGGCGCCCGUCGCAUUCGACCGAGCUCGUCGUUGUACCGUGGGAUCAGCUCGCCGCGACGGCAUCGCCGGAUUCGAAUCGGCCAGAGGCCUCGCCAUCACUGCCCCUCGAGUCGGAGCAGUCUCUAGAGGUGUGGGAUGUCAGGCGACAUUACAUCGCCAAGUAUGCACUCCCGGGACACGACAGCACUGCGAUCGCCGCGUCAUGGGUUGACGAGGACUCAGUCGUCGCGUGCUACCAGAACGGCGGCCUCAUACAGAUCGACCUUAACAGCAGAGCCGCGCCUAAGACAAUUCCGCUUGAGACUAUCCCCCGGCAGGUCGUCGCGUUCAGCUGCAAGGGCGAGGUGGCCUACGCUGUCGAUCGCUUCAAGCCGGGUGAGAUCCCUUUCGACGACGUGAAAGCAGAGUACUCGGCGCACUGGCAGGUGGGCGGCCGUACCCGUAAGGCUCCAGGAGACCACGCGUACGAGCCCACCCAGGCCAUGGGGACGCUCCCAUUGAGCUGGAUCGACAACGAUGAGUUCAGGUACCUCGCGAGUCACUACCGCCUCGAAGGCAUGCCUCCCGUGCAGCUCUGCCAGUACAACCGCGACGUUGCAUCAAUGUGCGAUAGGACAGACGAUGCCCGCGUGUGGCACUUCCUUAUCGGUAUAUUUGACGAGUUUGGAAAACUGAACGAGGGCAUGUUCAACGAGUCUGUCUUCUCGCAGGCAGCGACGGUCGUCCAGCCGCGCCCGCCGUCACCUCAUGGCCUGGAGACACGACGAACAAGCGACGAGACGAUCACCGCGGGCAUAUUCCAGGGCAUCCCGAUGGUGCGCGGCGAGGAGAUUGUCGCGCCCGAGUUCGAAGGAUCCGAGGACGGCUCGGGCUCCUCUGAAUCUGGCCUGGAGACGCCCCCGAAGGGCCGCUUCAAGUCGUUCGUAAUGCCGACAGCGAACGGGCAGCGACCCAACCUAGGACGCUUGGCGUCGUCCGGCUCCUCCCUUCUUGCCGCAGGCGGCAUGAUGCGCGUCCCCAAGAAGUUGGGCUUUGACACGCCGAUGUCUGACGACGAGGAAUCCCUGACCCCAAUCGCGGACAUGGACUACCCCGAUGCAUAUGGCAUAUCAGCCGCGCUCGAAGCGGCUUAUGCCCGCUCGCGCACGUCCCGCUCCACACCACAGAGCACGCGUCCCCCGUCGCCGAGUAAGCUGACGAGCGGGCGCCGCAGCGCCAAUGGAUCCAUGCGAGGAAGCCAGCGGCCGUCGGUCGCAGAACGCACCAUAGACCGGAUACAGCCUGUGGCGCUCACCCGGCCGGCACAGGACGCGUUCCCUCCUCUCCAGUGGGACGACUACCGCGAGGCACGGAUCCAAUCGUUCCUCGACUGGUGGGAGGCAUACAUCGACGACGGCGAGGUGCAGCUUGCAACAGCACUAUGUAUUGUAGGAUCUAAAGUUAUCAGGUUCCCGCAGAAGCAGGUCGAGCGCGUCCUUGACACGUACCUCAACAUGCUCGAGGCGCACCACCUCCCCGUCCCGCUGGCGUACUACCGCCGCUUCUCCAACAUCCUCGACGCACAGACGGUCUCGGGCAUGGACGGCAUCAGCCACGUUCAAUACUGCGUCAAGUGCGGCAAGUCGACUGGUUCGCUCGACGACACGAGCGAGACCAAGACGUUUUGGUGGUGCACCAAGUGCCGUCGCGCCGCCAAGAUCUGCACGAUUUGCCGUGAACCGGUCAAGGGUCUGUGGAUGAGCUGCAACACGUGCCGGCACGGCGGGCACCAACGAUGUAUGCGCUCGUACUACACCAAAUCCGUCACGGUCACUGUCGUGCCAGCACCGGAGGCGUCUCGAGCACCGUCGCCGAGCCCUGGCGGGCAAGUUGGGCGGCGCUCUUCAAACCAGCAGCAGACUGGCGUCUCCUCGUCAUCGUAUGGGUCAAACGUGAGCGGACUGGCUGCUACGUCAUACGAGUCGUCAGGCCUGUCAUCCAGGGUCAAGCAGGUUGAGCUCGUGAUCCCCGAUGGAACGGGUCCGCAGGUGCGCUCCAUCCACUUCAAAGAUCACUGGCCAGGUUCGUUCUACAAUACUGGUUGGCAGACGGUUUGUCCUCGUCUCCUCUCCCCGGACGCCGUCCCUGUCCCCUAUCUCCUCGUCUCAGGCCGACUAGCUCGACCACCGUCACCCACUCCCACGAUGAGUAGCGAAGACGAACUCGUCCAGCGAACCACCAUGCCCGCCCACCAGCAGCUGCCCUUGGCGCCUCCUCCGCUCGUGAUCUCGGCCAACCUGUGUUCAUCACCUGCCAACACGCCUGCGCCGCCCAGCAAGGAGUCUUCCGUGGGGUUGGACGCAGCCGGCGCUCCGUCUACGGAGAUCCGCACCGCCAUCCUCAACACGCAGAAGAUUGCGGACGAGCCGAAGUCUGUGGAACCUCCGUCGUCGAUGUUCGCGACUCCCGCCCCGCCCACCUCGAAUGGAUCACACAAACCUCUUCGUCCCAGCCGUUGGACCAAGGCGCGGUCGACCUCGACCGAAUCGUUCGUUUCAAGCAUGGGCAUAGAGGCCACCCUCGGCUCGCAAUACAACCAGGAGGGCUUCCCCAACUAUCCUGUGUCGUCCGAGGACGAGGACAGUGAUGUGCGUAUUGUGGCCGACGGCGAGGCUAUAGCCAAGCAGCUCGCUCAAACGGACGAGGCCGUGCGCCAGAUCAACGGCACAACUACCGUCGUCCAGCGAAGCUUUGGCAACAUGAUGCCUUCUGCGCCUUCCUCCAACCAGUACGAGCUCCCGCGUGCGGCAGCUGCAUUCGUCCGACGCCCGGCGCCCGGCAAAUUGCGAGGCGAGCGUGGUGAUCUCAAGACUGGCGGGUCGUUCGUAUCCUCUGGCUCGUCGACCUCGUCAGAGGAGUCUGAUUUCCUUCCUGGGAUUUCGUGGGUCAACUCGGUGUCACAGCCAGUCCCGUCCAACACCUACAACUACCAAUUCUACUACACCAAGCCGGGCGGCCCGUCUAACCCCAACAUGCCGCCGCCACCGACUAUAGGCAAUCGUAAACCCGGCUCGCCCCAACGAGGCAGUCUCAAUCAGCCGCCAUCGAGCGGUCUCGUAACUCCCAAUGCGGAACAGAUUACGCUUCCGAAUACGCACUCAGCGGACACGGCCACAGAAGGUCCAGGGGACAAUGAUGAGGAUGACGAAACAAACCAGAGGAACAGAUCGUAUAACACCUAUCUCAAGCGUCAGCAGGGUGCUGAAGCUGUUGCGCAAUGGCGCCAGCACGCCAUCCCGCCUAUUUACGACAAUCCACCUGGGUUUGACGGCACUCCUCCGGAAGGCCAUGCUCAGCACGAGGGUUCAGGCGAGCGGCCGAAGAAGCGACGACGAAGCACGAAGAACCUCGAGGCUCCUGACCCGAGCCUUCGGAACUCACCCAGCGAUCCGAGCGAGGACUCGGACAUUGAGUUACACGGCAGUGCGUCCGACAGCGAGUACAAUGUGGGCAAGAAGCGCAAUCGCCGUAACUCAGCCAAGGACAAGGGCUCGCGUGUGCGCGCAACGUUGCCGAUGCCGCCAGCUCAGGCGUCACCGUCUUCAAGCAAGGGCUCUCCAGCGCCUACGGCGAAGAAGUCGCAGCCCAAGCCUAGACGGCCAAGUGGUGCAUCUGAUGGCAAGCCGGCGAUCCAACCGGGCGGCGUGCAAUGCGAAUACGUCAACCCACUCCCACCCUACCAACGGUGCCCCGACGUUUUUACUCGCAAAUACGACAUUCCGCGGCACAUGGCGCGUCAUGCGCGAAGAGAAGGUGUCCUCGUCUCGGAAGGCAAGCUGCCUGAAGAGAAGGCUAUGCUCUGGAAGACGAUCCGAGAUAAGCCGCAGAUUCGGUGCAAGGUGUGCUUGGAGUACUUUACAAGGCAGGACGCAUUGAAACGCCACCAGAACAAGCAGCAUCACCAUUAA